AUAGAAUAAUCCAUUGAAUAUGGAUGUUCAUUGGUUUUAAACCAAUCACGCUACAGCCAAUUGAGCUCAGCUUAAUCUAUUUAAGCUAAAACAUAUCAAAACUGUGUUUAUUGCAUGUUGAGUGAAUCUUCUGCAAGCUUAUCUCACCAAAGCAGUUUACGCUUAUGUAGAAAACUUAUAGAAAUAACUCAAAUACAUUUUUGAUUUGUAUCUAUUCCCGAGGCUUGCGAUAAUAAAAAUGUUGGAUAAACGGGUCAAAGUCUUUGUUGGACGGAACAUUAAUAUGCAGUGUUUUUCACAUGAAGCUCCUUUCUACGCCCGCUCUCCUGUUUCCAGUUAUAUAUUUUCUCGUUGAGUUACAGAGAACACAGAUCCAAAAAAAAAAAAACACUUUUGAUUUCACAAGAUGACUGCAUACGCUCAGAUUUUUUAUGCACUCUGGAUUAGCUUAAUGUUCUCGUACGCUAUCAUUGGACACCUAAUCCAGCUUUGUCUGCACACCGUGAUCUGCUUUCUGGGAAUUUUAAUGAACGGAAUUGUACUUCUGGUAUAUCUACGCGUACCAUCAUUUCAGACAAUGACCAAUAUGCUAAUCGUUCACCAAUCUUUCAUUGAUUUCAUUAGCUCAAUAUUGUUUCUAUUUUUUUAUGUUUGUCCACUGUAUGGAUUUCAACCAACUGGCGUAAACGGCAUAGUUUUUUGUAAAUGUAGAUCCCUCUAUUGGAUUUUAACGGCGGCAUCAAAGGGCAACCUUUUGGGUCUUGCGUUGGAGCGCUACUAUGCUGUCAUUUAUCCGAUAAGGUACAGAUAUCACUUCAAAAAGAAAACUUUGCGUUAUGUCUUUGUGUGUAUCUGGAUCUAUGGUGUUACAUGCGAGUCAAAUUUAGCAUAUUUUGGAACACUGGAUGAGAACAACAAAUGUACGUACAAUUGGUCAUAUAAAACUGUUGAAGUUAUAAUAGGAUCUACAGUAUUUACAUUUGAAUGUGUGUUACCAUUACUCAUUCUUGGAUUUGCAUACGGACGGAUUGCAUGCGCACUUGGAAAGCCUAGAAUGCCAACAAAAAUAGCGAAAAACAGUUACAUUGUUACACGUAAUCGAAAUACUGCUCAACGUAACGUUAUUAUUACGUCUAUUACUGUGUCUGUUAUUUUCCUCGUCUGUUGGACUCCUAACCAGAUUUUGUAUCUCUUUUUGGCAGUGAUACCAUGUGAUAAGCCCUAUUGUGAACUGAACGGUUUUGUUCACUCAAUUACAAUCUUUCUUUGUUUUAUAAAUAUGAUGGCAAAUCCAUUUGUUUAUGCACUUAAAUACAAGGCAUUUAGGAAGUCACUGAAGCAGCUUUUAAGCAGAGUAAAUAAUAGAUAGGAUCGAACAUCUCCCUAGAAUUAAAUGCGUAAUACUGUGGAGGGGUUGGGGUUUUUGUGCUGAGUAGAGGGUGGGGUUUGUACUAAAGAGAUGGUAGGGUUUGAGCUAUCAAGAGAGCAGGACUUGUGCUAACAAGAGUGUAGGUUUAAUUUUAAUGGGACCAAGCUUAGGUUGCCGUGGUGAGUAGGCUGGCAGAUAGCAGGGAUGGUGGACCUAGGGGUCUGAGGAGAGUGAGACCUAGGCUACAAUAAGAGUUUGUCUUGAGGCUGUAAUUGGGGUGGGAAUCUUCUUAUGACCUAACUAUUUUAAGGGUCAGUACAAGCGACAAAUGAGGCAAAGAUAUAAACAAAUAUUUCCUAAACAAUUCAUUAGAUUGAAGCUGGCCUAA